AUGUUCACACUACGUUCCUUGGCCAUUUUGGCUGUAUUUGCCGCAACAGCUUUAGCCUCAAAACAGAGCUCGAAUGACCGAGAACUUGUCGUCGCCAUAUAUGGCGGUGGUCUUGCCAGCGCCACUCUUGCGCAAGCUCUUAAGGGCUCUUCAAAUCUUAACGUCCAGUACUUCGACCCAGCACUUGAUUUGACACCAACAUCGUUCCGACUUUUCGGAUUCGACCCUAAGGUCCAUGAUGCGCUGGCGCUUGUGAAUGAGGAAGCGGGAGGCGCGAUUGAGCGAUCAGGAUGGUAUCCGGAAGAGCCAAGCGUUGUCGUUGUUGGCCAAGGUUCAGAUGCAGACACCGUGGUGCUGGAUUGGGCACAGCUCAAAAACACCACACAUCAUCCUCAAGUCACCGUUGUAGAUCCGAAGCCGUUCCUCCAACAGAUGCUCAACGGUACCGAUGAAUCUCGUCUUCAUCCAAACAAGACGUUGGUGUCCAUCACUCGCAAAGAUCUCUCCGCAAAAUACCCACUUGAGCUCAAGUUCCAGGAUGGCAGUAUUCAACAUGCUGACGUCCUCAUCGGCGAUGACGGUCCUUUCGGUCAGAUGCGCUCCGAGGUUCUUGGGGCGAAGCAUCCCGCCAAUGCACCCGUGUUCAUGAACUUCUUGUCCGCAGUGGCUCACGUUGCGCCGGAUGAUGCAGAGAAGCUUCUUGGCCAAAAGUAUGGUAACCGCGAUCUUGGUCGACGCUUUGAGCGCGUUGGUAUGGGAAGCUGGUUUCUCAACGCAUACCUCGAGGGCUUCUCAACAUGCCUGGGAAGCUUCUACACUGAGGAGGCAUAUGAUUUGUCGCAGUUCACUCGCACAACCUCUGUAAAAGAACUCACUGCGCGUUUUAGUAACCUCAACGAAGCUGACAAUUCCCAAAAGAUCCUAAGUGGCUACUCCGGCCUCCGUCUCAUCCCGGAAAUCGAACACUCUCCCGCACCAACCUACAUCAACGGCCUCGUUGCCAUGCAAGGUAACGCGGCUCACUUCAUGACCAACUUCCAACAACUGGGUCCCUCUCAGCAAAUCGAAGAUGCCAUGAUCCUCGGCACUCUUCUGCGCUCUGCCCACAGCCGUGCUGAUGUGGAAGCUGCCUUAUAUGCCUAUGACACUGUGCGUCGCCCGCGCUCCCAGUGGGUCAGCGAGCACGGCAAGCGUCUUGGCUGGCUAUGGACCGGCAUGGUCGAAGAUGUCGGAAUUGAUGCGAAGAAGCUCAAGAAGGCGAUGCUGCAGUGGAAACAGGACAGCGAGGCGUUUGAUCUCAAGGCACACAAGAAUGAGGCGGUGAAGAUCAUGAAACAAACCAUCAAAGAGAGAUCGGGUAGCGAAAAAAUAAUCACUCAAGAAGAAAAGAUCAAGGCGGGAUUUCAGGGCCUGUGGGAGGCAAUGAGGGAGAAGAGUGGUGAGCAGGUCGAGCUCUGA